AUGACAGAAGAUAAUAUUGCUCCAAUCGCCUCCGUUAAAGUGGUCACUGACAAGUGUACGUACACGGAAAACGAGCUGCUAACGAAGUACAGCUACGAAAACGCAGUAGUUAGUAAACCAGCUAGUGGCCGCUUUGAUGUCACGCCCACUGUUCAAGACUACGUGUUCAAAGUGGACUUGAACAAGCCUGAAAAAUUGGGAAUUAUGCUUAUUGGGCUAGGUGGCAACAACGGCUCCACUUUGGUGGCUUCCGUCUUGGCAAACAAGCACAAUAUCGAGUUUCAAACUAAGGAGGGCCUCAAGCAACCAAAUUAUUUCGGCUCUAUGACUCAAUCCUCUACUUUGAAACUAGGUAUUGACGCGGAGGGGAAUGAUGUUUAUGCUCCUUUCAACUCUCUCUUGCCCAUGGUUAACCCAAACGACUUUGUCGUUUCUGGUUGGGACAUUAACAACGCAGAUCUAUUUGAAGCUAUGCAGAGGGGCCAGGUUCUCGAAUACGACCUACAAAAACGUUUGAAGGGCAAGAUGUCCUUAGUGAAACCCCUGCCUUCCAUUUACUACCCUGACUUCAUUGCAGCUAACCAAGAUAAGAGAGCCAAUAACUGCUUCAAUUUGGAUGAGAAAGGUAAUGUAACCACAAGAGGUAAGUGGGCCCAUUUGCAACGGAUUAGACGCGAUAUACAGAAGUUCAAAGAGGAAAACGCCCUUGAUAAAGUAAUUGUUCUUUGGACUGCAAAUACUGAGAGGUACGUAGAAGUAUCCGCUGGUGUUAAUGACACCAUGGAAAACCUCUUACAGUCCAUUAAGAAUGACCAUGAAGAGAUUGCCCCUUCCACGAUCUUUGCUGCUGCAUCUAUCUUGGAAGGUGUUCCUUAUAUCAACGGUUCACCGCAGAACACUUUUGUUCCCGGCUUAGUUCAGCUGGCUGAGCAUGAGGGGACGUUCAUUGCGGGAGACGACUUCAAGUCGGGGCAAACAAAGUUGAAAUCUGUUUUGGCCCAGUUCUUGGUGGAUGCAGGUAUCAAACCUGUCUCCAUUGCAUCCUACAACCAUUUAGGUAAUAAUGACGGUUAUAACUUAUCCGCCCCAAAGCAGUUCAGGUCUAAGGAGAUUUCCAAAAGCUCUGUUAUAGAUGACAUCAUCGCAUCUAAUGAUAUCUUGUACAAUGAUAAACUGGGCAAAAAAGUCGACCACUGCAUUGUCAUCAAAUACAUGAAACCCGUCGGGGAUUCAAAAGUGGCAAUGGAUGAGUAUUACAGUGAGUUGAUGUUAGGGGGCCAUAAUCGGAUUUCCAUCCACAAUGUUUGCGAAGAUUCGUUACUGGCUACCCCCUUGAUCAUCGAUCUUCUCGUGAUGACUGAGUUUUGUACAAGAGUGUCCUAUAAGAAGGUGGGCUCAGUUCAAGAAGAUGGUGCCAAAUUUAAGAGCUUUUAUCCGGUUUUAACCUUCUUGAGUUACUGGUUAAAAGCGCCACUGACGAGACCAGGAUUUCAUCCCGUGAAUGGCUUAAACAAGCAAAGAACCGCCUUGGAGAAUUUUUUAAGAUUGUUGAUUGGAUUACCGUCUCUAAACGAACUGAGAUUCGAAGAGAGACUGUUAUAA